AUGGAUGACAUCUAUAUUUGUGCUGUAGAUAUGAGUAAUAACGAUUCUGAUCAAAAAACAACUAAACAACAUGAUCAUUUAGUUCUUCAUUAUUUCAACGAAUACAUAGUAAAACCUAGCGAGUUUUAUUGUACAUGUCAAAGGGGUGAUGUUGACCGAUUACGUGAACUUCUACCGACAAUUCCUUACCAUGAAAGAGUCUGGCAAUUAGAACCAAAUGGAGAUAUGGCAUUGCAUGCCGCUGUUCGAGGUAGUCAUGCUUCCGUUGUUGCUUUACUUUUCACACAUGGUUUUUCACGUAUUGCAAUCAAUAAAAAAAAUAAAACUGCUUAUGAAAUGGCUUCUAAUAAUGAUAUUCGUUCUUUAUUUCAUCGAUCAAUUGAUGAAUUCCAGUCACGAUUCAUCGAUCAAAAUAUCAAUCAAACAUUGGAGAUACUUGAUCUGAACUACAAUACACAUGAUCAAGUGGUUUAUAACAAUGCCAAUGAUGCAAUACAAUCUCGGUAUAUGACUGCAUUUAAUCGAACACCUAGAUUUCUUCAAAACAGUGUCAGAACCAUGAUAGAAGCUAAAAGUCUACAGGGUUGGAAAAAAUAUUAUUCCAGGGGGGUAACGCCAUAA